CGUCAGGGGAUGUUCGUAAGCAACUCAUCCCAAAAAGAAAAAAGUACCUAACCGUUAAGUGAAUCGGUUUCAUGAUGUGAUACUUACUUCUUUCUUUCUUUUGGUCGGCAGAACGUCACUUUUUCCUUUCGCUAUCUAUUUUAUCCAUCUCUCUUUUUGCUUUCUUUCUUUUUUUUUUGAACGGAUUCGAAUUAUAUGCCUGCGUUAUUGUAACCUCAUGGAUAGAAUCCCUUCGCCUUCGUUGCGAUCACCUCCGAAUAUGGCUCGGAGAUGGCUACGGCGCAUCGAGCGCUAUUGCUGCGGCGCCCUCACCUACUUUCCCCUCGCCUUCGUCUAUAGUAUCACCACAUGGGCCGUAUGGGUUGUCGUUAAUAUUGGCUCCAGCGCCAUGUCAAAACCUGGUUGGAUAGGAACUAAAACCUCUAUCGGCGGAGUCUUCCUCUACUUAAUGCUUAAUUGGUGCUACACCACCGCCGUCUUCACGAAUCCCGGUAGCACCACCAACGACUCCGGUUAUUCUACCCUGCCCACCGCCGCCCCGCCGCAAGCUACCUCUUUCACCGUCAAGUCCAACGGCGAGUUGCGCUUCUGCAAGAAAUGCCAGGCCCGGAAACCCGAUCGUGCGCAUCACUGCUCGACCUGCCGCCGCUGCGUCCUCAAGAUGGACCAUCAUUGCCCCUGGCUGGCUACCUGCAUUGGCCUACGCAACCACAAGGCCUUCCUCCUAUUCCUUAUAUAUGCCACUAUAUUCUGUUUCUACAGCUUCGCCGUUUCCGGGACCUGGGUGUACGCCGAGCUAUUCGCCCAAACUCAAUAUACUAAUACCCUCAUGCCCGUCAACUUCAUCAUGUUGGCCGUCGUCUCUGGCAUUAUUGGUCUCGUCGUCGGCGCCUUCACCGGCUGGCACAUAUUACUCGCGAGUCGAAACCAGACAACUAUCGAAUGUUUAGAGAAGACUCGCUAUCUAAGUCCGCUACGAAAGACGCUACAGCACCAGUUUGAGGCGCAACACAACGGUGAGGGUAUCCCGUUACCGAGGUACGGCCAACAAUUACUGGACAUCCACGCGAACGCGCUGCCCGGCGUCACCAGGCCGGAGGAGGGCGAGGUGACGACGACCAGAGACGACAUCCCACCGCGGCAGCUAUCGUACCAGGAGCUAGAACAGUAUCGCGCAAGGAAACGGUAUGAAGAAUAUAUGGACGAGCAGGACUCGGAGAAGCUGCCAAACGCCUUUGACCUCGGUGCUAAGCGAAAUUUGUUACAUUUAUUCGGCCCCAAGCCCAUACUUUGGUUUUUCCCGAUCAUCAACACGACAGGCAACGGCUGGACCUGGGAAGCGAAUCCCAAAUGGAUAGCAGCGCGGGAACGGCUGGCUCGAGAGCGCGAGCAACAGCGACAGCGGGAAAGAGCUGCUGGUUGGGGCGAACCUGACCCGGGAUUUGUCCCGAUCAGGGUUGAGCGGGCCAACGGAGGUGCCGGAAGACACUACCAGGCAUCAUUGCCGCCACAACCGCCGCAGUACCAAAAUCAACGCGGCGGUCGACGUGUCCCGUCUAAGGCGGAUCGCGUGUUAGGUCGCGAUCCAAACCUAUAUGUAGACGAGCCACCAAAUUCGGUAUCGAUGCGGACGCUAAAUCGACAGGGUAUGGCGAUCGAAGAUGAGUUCGGUGAGGAGAGCAGUAGCGAGGAAGAUGAUUGGAAGGAUAAGGGAGAGGAGGAGGAUCCGGAAAGUAAGGCGAUGAACGUAGUUACGAACGGCGGAUGGGCGCGAAGUGGCGCUAGUGGACUAUUAAGAAAGCCGAGCACGGGAGUAAGGAGUGUGAAUAGUGGGAGUGUAUCACCGACGAAGGGGACUACUAAGCAGCAGAGUAAUGAUGAGGAUGAGGUUGAUUGAAUGAGAAGGUUAAGGAAUAAGAAAAGGAGUGUCGAAUACAUGAUCCGCGAGGAAAAGGAAGCAAUAAGGGGGAUUGAUGGAGGGACGAACAAGCUUUGUCACAACAUGUGGCAUUACUUUUGUCGUGUCUACGGUUCUUCUCUUUCAGGCUUGUGGAUAUCACUGCAUGCAUGCAUGGCUCAGGCGUUUCAGAUGUAACAGGUACGAUUGAUAUUUAGCGUCUUCUUUUACCAUACCUUGAGUACCUUUAGGUACGGUAUGUCACGUUGGUUGGUAUACGGAUUGAGGAUAAGAUGUAUUAUGAUUC